AUGCACACAGCCGAGAAGAGCUCUGCACACGGCCGUCCCGUGGCAUCACGUCAUGCUCAGGCGACGCAAUCAGAUGCGGUAACCUCUCUACCUUAUCUGAAUAUGCACAAUGCUCACUCCGACAACUGUAACAUCUCUUGGCCCCGUGGAUUGGGGACAAGCAAGGGUCGACAGCAUGGUGAUUACAGAUCGCCCAAGGCAACGCCGCGUUCAGGCCACAAGUCGACCCUUCUGGGGGCCCUAAGGGGGGCCGACCAGUUGGACGAGCUGAUAUGUCCUCAUAGACCUAAACCUCGCCCUUACGGAGCUCUUGCGGGGGUGGCCUUGUCCCGAGACAAGAGUAUGCGGGUGUCGCACCGAAAGCCUGCCGAUCCGGAUUGCCGCCCCCAGCACAACACCACAUUUGGUCUCUUACCUGCAGCGUAUCCUCUGGUCGAGCCGUGUGAUUCAAUGGCAAACGGCCCGCAUUCGUGGUGGACGACGCCACCCGCCUGGUCCAGCUGA